AUGGGUCGCCACUUUGGAGAUUUGGCCAAGAUCAGGCAUGUGAUUACAUACAGUCUGUCCCCCUUCGAGCAGAGGGCUUUCCCCAACUACUUCUCCAAAGGAAUCCCCAACGUCUGGAGACGAUUCACAUCAUCCGUCUUCAAAGUUGCUCCCCGUAAGUACUCCCAGAGUUUAGACGUUGCUUUCUGGGAAGAACUAUGCAGGAUAAUUCCCCGUUAUCAAACAUCUCCAUCCAUAUUCUGGAGUUUUAUUUUUUUCUCAUUUUCAAAUUUACUCUAGUCCUGAUAAAUAUGGCCUGAUGUAGCCCAAUAUUAGACCACUGAUUUAAUUAGUUAAUAAGACAAGGUCUAUGGGCAUUCCAUAGUGACAGCGUGCAAAAUAAGUAAUGGUCCGAUGACUACCUGCUAGCAGCAUGUCCCACGUCCGACGCUACAUCCACAAUCGGUAGAACGGUUCCGGUUGGAGAAUCAUUGUUUGCAUCGCCGAGCAGUGAACGAGAAACUAUUAAAUCCAGUUUAGACGCUACCCCCCCCCCUCCCCAAAUCAAAACCAAACAUGGAUUCCAUGUUGUAUUCUCACUUUGUCCGCACACCCGGUCUAUUUCACACCUGUUUGUCUUCAUCAGCCUCCCAAUAUGGGCACCAUGCUGCCUCCGACGGGAAGUAGAGGAAACGUGCCCGCAAAGCCAGCACAACGUUGGCAUCCGUAGUAGGUUUUGAUUUGGGCAGGGGGUUGUAUCUAAACUGGAUUUAAUCGUUUCUUGUUCACUGCUCGGCGACACAAACGGUGAUUCUCCAAUUGGAACCAUUCUACCGAUUUUUAUGGAUGUAGCUUGGGACGUGGGACACAUGCUGCUAGCAGGUAGUCAUUGGACCAUGACUUAUUUCGCACGCUGUCACUAUGGAAUGCCCAUAGACCUCGUCUUAUUAAUUUGAGGUCUAAUAUUGGGCUAGGCCUCAUGUAGGUAAUGAACACGUGGAUAUUAAGGCCUCUACAUAGCUAUUCAACUACAACCUACCUAACCGUCUGUAGACGGCUGAAAUAAUCUUCCCAGUGUGUAGUCUGUUCACUGUAGUUGGAUAGAUGUGUAGAAGCUUUUAGACUACUGUUGUGCUUCCGAAAGCCAUGUCCAUUGCGACUUAGUCUACGAGAGUGGUGCUCUGAGGCACACUGUAAAGACCUCCCGUUACAAUUUCUGUCUGCCCAUGUUAAAAUUCCUGACUCUUUGCAUGUUUAAAUGGCCUAACUAAACAUGUAUCUUUCAGUACAUGCCUCCCAAGUACUGAAAUGUAUCUUUCAGUGUAUGCCUCCCAAGCCACACCCCUGUUUUCAGUCGCUAACCCGUCUUCUCCGGUUCUUCUUUUCCAGCAAUGAUCUGCAUGUACUUGACAUACACCUGGGGCAACCAUGUCCACUCAGAAGGAAAGAGGAAGGUCGCUGCCGACUACAAGAAUGAAGAGUGA